GUUCAGCGCACUCUAGAAACACUGCUACGGUGGAGAAACUGGACCCCAGGACCGGGAGCGAAUUCCAGCCUGCAGGGCUGAUAAGGGAGGCAUUACUGAGAGUGAGAGAGACUUUACCCCGCCGUGGUGGUUGGAGGGCGCUCAGUAGAGCAGCAGCACAGGCGCGGGUCCCGGGAGGCCGACUCUGCUUGCGCCGAGAUGUGGAAUCUUCUUCAAGAAGCCGACUCGGCUGUGGCCACUGCGCGCCGCCCGCGCUGGCUGUGCGCUGGGGCGCUGAUGCUGGCGGGUGGCUUCUUUCUCCUCGGCUUCCUCUUCGGGUGGUUUAUAAAAUCCUCCAAUGAAGCUACUAAGAUUACUCCAAAGCAUAAUAUGAAAGCAUUUUUGGAUGAACUGAAAGCUGAGAACAUCAAGAAGUUUUUAUAUAAUUUUACACAGAUACCACAUUUAGCAGGAACAGAACAAAACUUUCAGCUUGCAAAGCAAAUUCAAUCCCAGUGGAAAGAAUUUGGCCUGGAUUCUGUUGAGCUAGCUCAUUAUGAUGUCCUGUUGUCCUACCCAAAUAAGACUCAUCCCAACUACAUCUCAAUAAUUAAUGAAGAUGGAAAUGAGAUUUUCAACACAUCAUUAUUUGAACCACCUCCUCCAGGAUAUGAAAAUGUUUCGGAUAUUGUACCACCUUUCAGUGCUUUCUCUCCUCAAGGAAUGCCAGAGGGUGAUCUAGUGUAUGUUAACUAUGCACGAACUGAAGACUUCUUUAAAUUGGAACGGGACAUGAAAAUCAAUUGCUCUGGGAAAAUUGUAAUUGCCAGAUAUGGGAAAGUUUUCAGAGGAAAUAAGGUUAAAAAUGCCCAGCUGGCAGGGGCCAAAGGAGUCAUUCUCUACUCAGACCCUGCUGACUACUUUGCUCCUGGGGUGAAGUCUUAUCCAGAUGGUUGGAAUCUUCCUGGAGGUGGUGUCCAGCGUGGAAAUAUCCUAAAUCUGAAUGGUGCAGGAGACCCUCUCACACCAGGUUACCCAGCAAAUGAAUAUGCUUAUAGGCGUGGAAUUGCAGAGGCUGUUGGUCUUCCAAGUAUUCCUGUUCAUCCAAUUGGAUACUAUGAUGCACAGAAGCUCCUAGAAAAGAUGGGUGGCUCAGCACCACCAGAUAGCAGCUGGAGAGGAAGUCUCAAAGUGCCCUACAAUGUUGGACCUGGCUUUACUGGAAACUUUUCUACACAAAAAGUCAAGAUGCACAUCCACUCUACCAGUGAAGUGACGAGAAUUUACAAUGUGAUAGGUACUCUCAGAGGAGCAGUGGAACCAGACAGAUAUGUCAUUCUGGGAGGUCACCGGGACUCAUGGGUGUUUGGUGGUAUUGACCCUCAGAGUGGAGCAGCUGUUGUUCAUGAAAUUGUGAGGAGCUUUGGAACACUCAAAAAGGAAGGGUGGAGACCUAGAAGAACAAUUUUGUUUGCAAGCUGGGAUGCAGAAGAAUUUGGUCUUCUUGGUUCUACUGAGUGGGCAGAGGAGAAUUCAAGACUCCUUCAAGAGCGUGGCGUGGCUUAUAUUAAUGCUGACUCGUCUGUAGAAGGAAACUACACUCUGAGAGUUGAUUGUACACCACUGAUGUACAGCUUGGUAUACAACCUAACAAAAGAGCUGAAAAGCCCUGAUGAAGACUUUGAAGGAAAAUCUCUUUAUGAAAGUUGGACUAAAAAAACUCCUUCCCCAGAGUUCAGUGGCAUGCCCAGGAUAAGCAAAUUGGGAUCUGGAAAUGAUUUUGAGGUGUUCUUCCAACGACUUGGAAUUGCUUCAGGCAGAGCACGGUAUACUAAAAAUUGGGAAACAAACAAAUUCAGCAGCUAUCCACUGUAUCACAGUGUCUAUGAAACAUAUGAGUUGGUGGAAAAGUUUUAUGAUCCAGUGUUUAAAUAUCACCGCACUGUGGCCCAGGUUCGAGGAGGGAUGGUGUUUGAGCUAGCCAAUUCCAUAGUGCUCCCUUUUGAUUGUCGAGAUUAUGCUGUAGUUUUAAGAAAGUAUGCUGACAAAAUCUACAAUAUUUCUAUGAAACAUCCACAGGAAAUGAAGACAUACAGUGUAUCAUUUGAUUCACUUUUUUCUGCAGUAAAAAAUUUUACAGAAAUUGCUUCCAAGUUCAGUGAGAGACUCCAGGACUUUGACAAAAGCAACCCAAUAUUAUUAAGAAUGAUGAAUGAUCAACUCAUGUUUCUGGAAAGAGCAUUUAUUGAUCCAUUAGGGUUACCAGACAGGCCUUUUUAUAGGCAUGUCAUCUAUGCUCCAAGCAGCCACAACAAGUAUGCAGGGGAGUCAUUCCCAGGAAUUUAUGAUGCUCUGUUUGAUAUUGAAAGCAAAGUGGACCCUUCCAAGGCCUGGGGAGAAGUGAAGAGACAGAUUUCUGUUGCAGCCUUCACAGUGCAGGCAGCUGCAGAGACUUUGAGUGAAGUAGCCUAAGAGGAUUCUUUAGAGAAUCUGUAUUGAAUAUGUGUGGUUUGACACCCAUAAAGAAUCAUAAUGGGUAUAUUGAUAAAUUUUAAAAUUGGUAUAUUUGAAAUAAAGUUGAAUAUUAUAUAUAGUUAUGUGAGUGUUUAUAUAUGUGUGUGUUUAUAUUGUUUAUCUUCUCCCUAUGGAUUAAAAAUAAAUUAAAUUUCAUAAUUAUAAGAGGUUAUUCUGAAGUGGAAAAAUUUAACUCAGUAUUAAAUCUAAGGAGAAUGGCCUAAUAUAGUAACACUCUCAUCUGGCAUUAUCAGGGAAUCAAGUCUAAUCUAAUAAUGUCACUUCACACAGAAGAAAACAUCAGUAUGUCAGAGAGCACACUGGGGAAUAUGCACAAGACUAUCCCAAGCCAGAGGCCUCACGGCCUGCCUGGCCAUCCUGGGCUGAGAGGAUCACUAUCUCAGCACACUAUUUGGGAAAUGGAUCAAAUCACACUUUUAGUAAAUGUUAUCACUCUAUAGCAUAAGAAAUAAUUAUUUUUUAUUUAUAUAAAAGGCUAUAGUAUAACAUAUAUGUAUAGUAAUUAAAUGAACAUUUGUGAACCUAAUAGCCAUAUGAUGAAAAUAACAUUUCUAAUAUCUUUGGAUGCCCCAUGUACUAAUGACAGUUAUGCUUUUGCAUUUUCUUGAAUUUUAUGUUUAUUUAUCUUUCCUCUGUCAUUAUUUAUAAUUUUAUCACACAUGGCUGUAUCCUUUACAUGUUUUGGUAUUAUGUAUUUUUGAACUUUUUAUAAAGACAAUCAUACCAUGUGUAAUUUUCAGGGACUCGAUUUUUUUCAUUGACUUUUAAGGGUUCAAAUAUAUUAUCACUGUGGCUGUAGUUUGCCAUAUUUUGCUGAUAUAGAGCAUUCAUUCACAUGAGGGUAAGAUUCAGGGUCCAUCAAGACAGAGAAAACAUACAGUAAUGUGAAUAGGGAAAGUUAAUAUAAAGAAUUAGUAAUUGUUACAGCAUUGGAACAAUGAAAUAUUGUCUAGUAAUAUGUAAAGAGAAGUCUCAAGAAUAUGUGAUGAGCAGAUAUAAGGAAUUGCUCUUGUCUCCAUGGUGAAUUUGGAGCAGCCCAUGAAGAGUCCCCUCACAUUGUGGUCUCGUUCAAUGUUAAGAAGUCGCUGUAGUGUUGCCCUUGAAGAAUCUGCUUCAAAUCGACACUUCAGAACUCCCCAGAAACUUGUCUUCUGGGCCACUGUGUAAAGCUGUUUAUGAAGAAAUGUCAAGCCAGAGGGGCUCUACUACAAAUUUGGCAAGGACAGUUUCAGGAGAAGCUCUUGGCCGCUGGGUUCUCCUGGCCACCAUGAACUUCAUGAAGUGGGUGCCAUAGCAGCAGCCUGAACUACAGAAUCUGGGCACUGGUGUAGCUCUGUAUGCCCUCCGUGUCAGAUGCUGGAGAUGUCAUUUGCAUUGCCGGAGUUUGCCAAGGGUGCACACAGAAAGCAGAUUGGAAAGCACCUUCUUGGAACAUCUCUCCAAUGCCUUCUACUCACAAAGUUUAACAUCAUAACACAUGACAAAGAAGAACUAUUUAAUGGGCCCAGAUCUAUUUAUGAAGACAAUCAAGAGUGAGUUUGGAGUGGAUAACCCAAAUUUGGAUAACUGGUGAAUAAUAAAAUGUAUUUAUUCAUUUUCUGCUAGUGUA